GCUUUGCGCUGCCGAUCAUUAAAGAGAACGCGAGGCGGAGGAUACAAAGUGCACCGCGGACUGCAGAGAGAGGGACGCCCAGAAGACGCACUAUGUCGGAGCAGCCCGCCUUGGAUCAGCCGCCAGCAGAUGUGGAGACAGAUGAAUGUCUUUCUUCCUACGACUACCUCUACAGCCCGACGCUGCUCAAUGGCAGGGUGGCGUUCAUCACCGGAGGGGGGUCUGGGAUUGGAUUUCGUAUCGCUGAAGUUUUCAUGAGGCACGGCUGUGACACCAUCAUUGUGAGCAGGAACCUACAGCGGGUGGCUGAGGCAGCAAAGAAACUAGAGGCUGCCACAGGGAGGCGCUGUCUGCCCCUGGCGGGGGAUGUCCGUCAGCCGGAGAGCUUGACGGCCGCUGUGGAGGAGGCUCUGAGGACCUUCUCCAGGGUGGACAUCCUGGUGAACAACGCGGCCGGGAAUUUCCUCUGUCCUGCCAGCUCCCUCUCUUUCAACGCCUUUAAGACCGUUCUGGAUAUCGACACCGUGGGGACCUUCAACGCCAGCAAGAUCCUGUUUGAACGUUUCUUCAGGGACCACGGAGGAGUCAUUGUGAAUAUCACGGCCACGUUGGCCUACAGAGGGCAGGUCUUGCAGGUACACGCAGGUAGUGCCAAGGCAGCUAUAGAUGCCAUGACCAAGCACCUUGCUGUGGAAUGGGGUCCGAGCAAGGUGCGGGUCAAUAGCCUGGCGCCGGGGCCCAUUUCUGGCACAGAAGGCAUGCGUAGACUGGGUGGACCAGCAGCAGAAGCAAUGGGACUUUCCACCAUCAUUCCCCUGCAGCGCAUGGGCAACAAGACGGAGAUUGCCCAUGGAGCGCUCUUCUUGGCCAGCCCGUUGGCUUCCUACGUGACGGGAACAACCCUGGUGAUGGACGGCGGAUCGUGGUUGACAUCUCCCAAUCUUCUUUCGGCAUCGCUGGGUACCCUUCCUUCUCCUCACCUCUAGAUGCAUGGAAUGUUUGGAGCUCCCAGAUGAAGAAAUAAA